UGCUGGCAGAAGGAGGCUGGAUUGGCAUGGGGCAGUGUUUAAGGUACCAGAUGCACUGGGAGGACCUGGAAGAGUACCAGGCUCUGACCUUCCUAACAAGAAAUGAGAUUCUGUGAAAUGAAGAUAUUCUAAUGAGACACCGUGCAUCUCAAUCUAUCAGACUAUUUAAACAAUGGAUCCCAAAGAAUGGGAAUUUCUCCAGGAGUCUUCUGCUCAGAGAAGGAAAAGCAUCCAUGACACCUUCCUGAAGCUCUGCCCCUCAGGCAAGCACUAUAAGGAGGCCACGCUGACCAUGGACCAGGUCAGCUCCCUUCCUGCUCUGAGGGUCAACCCGUUCAGAGAUCGCAUCUGCAGGGUAUUCUCCCACAACAACGUGUUCUCCUUUGAAGAUGUGCUGGGCAUGGCAUCUGUAUUUAGUGAGCAGGCCUGCCCCAGCCUGAAGAUUGAGUAUGCCUUUCGUAUCUAUGAUUUUAACGAGAACGGCUUCAUUGAUGAAGAGGACCUCCAGAAGAUAGUGCUAAGACUACUGAAAAGUGAUGACGUGUCUGAGGACCUGCUGAUGGACGUCACACGCCACGUCCUGAGCGAGUCAGAUCUGGACAACGACAACAUGCUUUCCUUCUCCGAGUUCGAACAUGCAAUGGCCAAGUCUCCAGAUUUCAUGAACUCCUUUCGGAUUCACUUCUGGGGAUGCUGAUGUGGAGGCCACCGCUGGGUUCAACAGCUUCAAGGAAGACUACUGGAACCCGCCCCACCACCCCCGCCCCUGCUCCCUGCCCCCGCUCCCCCGCUCCCCCGCUCCUCCCGCCCCCCUCCCUACCCCAUGCAUCCAGGCCCUGUGGAAUCUGAUUUGAAUUAUGACUCAGCUCUGUCCCUCCUUCACCUCUAGAAUAUUGCGUGCUAAAUAAAUAUGUUUCCCCAUCCAUA